AUGCAGGUGGUUACAGCCAAGAGGCUUCUGUUCUGUGCCGAUGAUGAUAAGCGGGAGUGGUUGCUAGGGCGAUUGAGAGAAUCUUGGGACUUCUUUUGUAGCUUUGAGUACAACCGCUGGCAAGGAAGAUACUAUGUUCAGCCCCAACUGAUGUAUGCCAACGGAAAGAUGCCACUUAAUACCGGCUGA